GUCCCCGCUUCCGGAUUGGCGUUCGGCCCCGAGCGCCCGGGCUGCCGCGGCGAUGUUGCCGCUCACGGUGAAUUUCAAGGUGUCGGCCCGCACCCUCACCGGGGCCCUCAGCGCCCACAACAAGGCGGCGGUGGACUGGGGCUGGCAAGGUUUGAUUGCUUAUGGAUGCCAUUCCCUUGUGGUGGUGGUCGAUGCCAGCACUGCCCAGACGCUCCAAGUUUUAGAAAAGCAUAAAGCUGAUGUUGUCAAGGUUAAGUGGGCCCGAGAAAAUUACCACCAUAACCUCGGCUCGCCCUACUCCUUGCGCCUCGCUUCUGCCGACGUCCACGGGAAAAUCAUCGUGUGGGAUGUGGCGGCCGGAGUGGCUCAGUGUGAGAUCCAAGAGCACGCCAAGCCCAUCCAGGACGUUCAGUGGUUAUGGAGCCAAGAUGCCUCCCGAGACUUGCUGCUCGCCAUCCACCCGCCAAACUACAUCGUGCUCUGGAAUGCGGACACCGGCACCAAACUCUGGAAGAAGAGCUACGCAGACAACAUCCUUUCCUUUUCUUUCGACCCGUUCGAUUCCUCCCAUUUAACUUUACUCACCAGCGAGGGCAUUGUGUUCAUCUCAGACUUCUCCCCCUCCAAGCCUCCCUCAGGCCCUGGGAAAAAAGUCUACAUAUCCAGCCCGCACUCUAGCCCAGCUCAUAGCAAACUGGCUGCCGCCACGGGGGCUAAGAAGGCUCUUAAUAAAGUCAAAAUCUUAAUCACUCAGGAGAAACCUAGUGCUGAGUUCAUAACCCUCAACGACUGCCUGCAGCUGGCCUAUCUGCCUUCCAAAAGGAACCACAUGCUGUUGCUCUAUCCCCGCGAGAUCUUAGUCCUGGACCUCGAGGUGAACCAGACCGUGGGCGUGAUUGCGAUCGAGCGCACGGGCGUUCCGUUUCUGCAGGUAAUACCCUGCUUUCAGCGAGAUGGUUUAUUUUGCCUACAUGAGAAUGGUUGCAUAACUUUACGUGUUCGAAGAUCUUAUAAUAGUAUUUUCACCACUUCAAACGAGGAACCAGAUGCAGAUCCCGUCCAGGAGCUCACCUACGACCUACGCAGCCAGUGCGACGCCAUCCGCGUGACGAAGACCGUCCGCCCCUUCAGCAUGGUGUGCUGCCCCGUCAACGAGAACGCCGCGGCCCUGGUGGUGAGCGACGGCAGGGUCAUGGUCUGGGAGCUGAAGUCUGCCGUUUGCAAUCGAAGUGCACGGAACAGUGGCUCCGGCGUGUCGCCUCUGUACUCCCCAGUGUCGUUCUGUGGGAUCCCGGUGGGGGUGCUGCAGAACAAACUCCCCGACCUCUCUCUGGAUAACAUGAUCGGGCAAAGCGCGAUUGCUGGGGAAGACCAUCCCAAAGGCUCCGUUCUGCAGGAAGUGCACCUCAAAUUCCUGCUCACGGGACUGAUUUCAGGACUGCCCGCACCACCAUUUACCGUCCGUAUGUGUCCCCCGUUGACCACAAAAAACAUCAAGAUGUAUCAGCCAUUGCUUGCUGUUGGCACAGGUAACGGCUCCGUCCUGGUGUACCACCUGACCAGCGGGCUGCUGCACAAGGAGCUGAGCGUCCACUCUUGUGAAGUCAGGGGUAUUGAGUGGACGAGUUUGACUGGCUUCCUUUCUUUUGCGACGUCAACACCGAACAACAUGGGGCUGGUGCGGAACGAGCUCCAGUUGGUCGACCUUCCCACAGGCAGGAGCAUUGCUUUUCGAGGAGAACGAGGCAAUGAUGAAUCGCCCAUCGAAAUGAUUAAAGUCUCUCAUUUGAAGCAGUAUUUGGCAGUUGUAUUCAAAGAUAAACCGCUGGAGUUAUGGGAUGUCAGGACUUGUACCAUUCUUAGAGAAAUGUCCAGAACCUUCCCCGGGGUAACCGCUUUGGAGUGGUCCCCGUCUCACAACCUGAAGAGCCUGAGGAAGAAACAGCUGGCCACCCGCGAGGCCAUGGCCCGCCAGACCGUGGUCUCUGACGCGGAGCUGAGCAUCGCAGAGUCGUCUGUGAUCAGCUUGCUGCAGGAGGCGGAGAGUAAAUCUGAGCUCAGUCAGAACAUCUCGGCCCGGGAGCACUUCGUGUUCACCGACAACGACGGCCAAGUCUACCACUUCACCGUCGAGGGGAACUCCGUGAAGGACAGCGCUCGGAUCCCACCCGACGGAAGCAUGGGUAGUAUUACCUGCAUUGCUUGGAAAGGUGAUAUGUUAGUCCUUGGAGAUAUGGACGGAAAUUUAAAUUUUUGGGAUUUGAAAGGCAGAGUAUCCAGAGGGAUCCCGACCCACCGCAGCUGGGUGAGGAAGAUCCGCUUUGCCCCUGGGAAAGGGAACCAGAAGUUAGUUGCCAUGUACAGCGACGGAGCUGAGGUGUGGGACACCAAGGAGGUGCAGAUGGUGAGCAGCUUAAGGAGCGGGAGGAACGUGACCUUCCGGGUGCUGGACGUGGACUGGUGCACGUCAGACAAGGUGAUCUUGGCGUCCGACGACGGGUGCCUGCGCGUCCUGGACAUGUCCAUGAAGUCCACGUGCGUCCGGGUGGACGAGCAGGAGCUCACGGAGCCCGUGUGGUGCCCGUAUCUGCUUGUCCCAAGAGCCUCCCUCGCCCUGAAGGCUUUCUUGCUGCACCAGCCGUGGAGCGGACAGUACUUGUUGGAUAUUUCUCACGUGGAUUACCCAGAAAAUGAAGAAAUAAAGAGCCUCCUUCAAGAGCAGUUGAAUUCGUUGUCCAAUGACAUAAAGAAACUCUUGCUCGAUCCGGAAUUCACUCUUCUGCAAAGAUGCCUGCUGGUUUCGAGGCUCUACGGCGAUGAGUCGGAGCUGCACUUCUGGACCGUGGCCGCCCACUACCUGCACAGCUGGUCCCAGGAGAAGUCGGCCAGCACCCCCGCUGCACAGGAAGCUGCCCCUCGGGACCGGGCGAGCAACCCGCUGGACAUCUGCUAUGACGUGCUCUGUGAGAACGCCUACUUCCAGAAGUUUCAGCUGGAAAGGGUUAAUCUGCAGGAGGCGAAACGGUCGACUUACGAUCACACGCGCAAGUGCACGGACCAGCUUCUGCUCUUGGGUCAAACAGACAGGGCCGUGCAGCUGCUGCUGGAGACGAGCGCGGACAACCAGCACUACUACUGCGACGCGCUGAAGGCCUGCCUGGUCACCACCGUCACCUCCUCCGGCCCCUCCCAGAGCACCAUCAAGCUGGUGGCCACCAACAUGAUCGCCAGCGGCAAGCUGGCAGAGGGUGUGCAGCUGCUCUGCCUGAUUGACAAGGCCGCGGAUGCCUGCCGCUACCUGCAGACCUACGGGGAGUGGAGCCGGGCCGCGUGGCUUGCAAAGGUAGGCGGUUCCCGUGGGUGCCCUGAGUGCUUGGGUAGAAACUUUAGUCUUGAACCUUACACUCGAGAUUUAGAAGCAGUUUUGGCUGCAGAGCUGCUUUGCAAAUAUUUUCUUACAAAUCAUCCUCCUCCUGACCUGUGUGUUCUGUCGAGCAGCAUGAGAUACUUCGAUCGAGCCGCCUUGUUCGUGGAGGCCUGUCUCCAGUACGGGGCCCUGGAGGUCGGCCCGGACACAGAGAGACUCGUCUCCGCCGUGUACGCAGACUACGCCCGGAGCUUGAAGAGCCUCGGUUUUAAACAGGGAGCAGUUCUUUUCGCUUCAAAAGCUGGAGCCGCUGGCAGAGAUUUAUUGAAUGAGCUGCAAUCCCCCAAACAGGAACUGGCUGAAGAGUGACAGGUUAACAGGCGCCAGGAAACCUGACCUCGCAAGCCAGCCGUGGAAGAUGCAGACGACACGCAGCCAGCAGUGCCGAGGUCACGAAGCUCCUGUGUCCUGGCCUGGACACCUGUGCCCCAGUCCAGGCAGGGCUGCCUCGUGCUGCAGCGCGGAGGCCCGCGGGGACUUCCACCCUGUACGAGCGGUUCCACUACCGGGUCUUCGAUCUUUGCAUUUUAACUCCUGUGACGCAUUAUGGGAACCUCCUUUUUGAAAUCUUCAUGCUUUAGUUUUGUCUUUGUGUUCUUAACAUGAGAUGUGACUAUUGUAAAUGAUUGCUGAGACUUUAAUGUCCAUCACGUACAGAAAUGAGAAAUAAACAGGAAAUCCCGGC